AUGACAUCAAGUCAUAAAUCAGCUUUAGGACUUCCUACUAAAUUAGCUUCAUAUCAAUCUGACACAGUUUACCUAGCAAUGAUAGCUACUACACUAUCCCAAUAUGAAUAUGUUCUUAUAUGUGAUAAAUCCAACAUCCGAGUGUCUGGAUCACCACACGUUGUCUUGAUCAAGCUCAUCAACAAGCUCUUGACAAUUUAUGAGCAGGAUUUCCAACUGCCCUUGAGCCUUCCUGGUCUUCAGCACAUGACAGAUUUCUCAGCCAUGACUAAAGGCAUAAAGAAAUUUGUUGUGUGUCAGGAUUGUCACAAGGUAUACAAAGAAAGUGUACCUGUCCUAUCUCAUUGUGAUUUUGUAAAGCUUGAUGUACACUCGUCUUGCAACUGCCAAUUGACAAAAACAUCAGCAUCAGGUGCUUUGGUGGCCAAGCGUUCAUACUUGUACCAGUCUGUUAUUAAUACUUUAUGA